AUGAGCGAAGGUGACCCGGCCAAAAGCGACAUUUCCAUGUUAAGUCUUAAUGUUGAGAAUGCACAUUGUGACAGUGGCUUGCAAAAAUACAUUUUAUUCUUUUUUAAUGGACAUUUUUUUUUUAAUAGCGCUACUUCAAGUAUUAUUUUUGCUGCUGUUGUUGUUGUUGGUUUGGUUUCUCUCUCUCUCUACUUGCGACUUGCUGUAUUUUUUGUUUUUUGGAAAUUGCGCGUCACGACGGAAGUGUCGUCUGGCCAACAUCCUUUUGUAGCGGGGUGCGACGUCGACCGCUGUGCGGGAAUUGUGGCACCUUCCUCCCGUGAAAGCGCAGCGUCUUUCCCGUUCCCUCGCAACAUUUUGGAGCGCUUCCCCGAAUUGUCGAAAACCGAAUUCGAGUCAUCCGGCGGCGGCCUUGCGGGCGAUCCGGUCCGCGGCCUCGUGAGGGUGGUGCAGCUGGACCCUCGCUCCCCGGCCCAGUCCGGGCUCUUCGGAAGGAGAAGCCAGGUCCGGAGCUCCGGGCCGGCCUUCCCCGCCUUCCUGUCCCAGGGGCGUCCCGGCCCGGCCCCGAAGGCCCCCGUGAGCCCGCUGCACCGCCUGGAGGCCGGAAGACCGGCGGAGGUGGAGCACAAGAAGAGACGAGGUCUCCACAUGUGGCAGAGGGCCAUCGAUAAGGGGAACAAGAUGGCCGUGUCUUUGCCCGCCAACCUGAAGGACGCCAAACAGACGUGCGCCGCCGUUCCUUUCGUUCAGCGUGUGACAGCAGAGGGCUGCAGCGCCGUGACGCUGCACAACAAGCUGUGCUUCGGCCAGUGCAGCUCCCUGUUCGUCCCCGCCGACGCGGAGCCCACCGGGAAGGGGUCCCGCCAGCGGCCCCCCUGCUCCCGCUGCGCCCCCUCCGAGGCCCGCGCCGUCACCGUGCCCCUGCGCUGCGGCGCCGAGGUCCGCCACCGACGGGUGACGCUGGUGGAGGAGUGCAAGUGCGAGACGGGUCGCGAGGACAGGAACGCGGAGGGAGCGACGCCCCACUUGGGAGACCUCCACGGCACCCGCCAGAUUUGAAGAGAGUUUGGACUCUCGAGGUCAUGUACCUCCACUACACGGAGAAUACUUAUCCCUAUCAGUAUUCUGGUACUGAUACAACGUUAGGAACGUCCAGUGAAAGAAUUUCUGGGUGGCCCGCUUCCUCCCACGUCCAAGUUAAGUUUAUUGACGCCGCCACAUUGUUCACAUGUGACCGAGAGUUCUCGUUUGUUUGCGCCGGUUUUAGUGACAAAUUCUUUGAUGUUUGAAAACAGUGAAAGGAAAUAUGAACAAAAAACAGAAGAGGCAAUUUAGCUUCAGUCCACCUGUCGAGCUCGUGCACCUACGGCAUCAAAUCACGUGACUUUUGUUCACGUCGCCAUAUUGCCGGUCAAGCUAAGCAUUGCUCAAUGCUAAGUCGGUUGGGUCGGUCUUGUAGCACGACGCCCAGAGUCUUGUCCGAUACCUGGAGACAUUUAGAAGGUGAACAUAAACGACGGUACGUGGAAAAAUGACAUCAACUCGGUAUAGAGGACCCGUAUUUUUUGCCGAAGUCGAUGUUUUCGCCGAUAAGAAAUUGGACUGUUAAUUGGCUUGCACUUGUCUUGGACAAUCGGAUCUACGCGUGGAGGAAGUGAGUAAGUCCUCGAGAUUUACACGGAAAAGUGUAUAAAAGUCUGGACGCAUACCAAUACUUUGUUGCUGGAUCUGUUCUCAUCAGGAAUAAAUCCCACAUAGUUGACAGUUUUGACGGCUCGUGAACGCGGAAGCGUGUUCGGCCAAACGUUAACCUUUGCCGGAAUCCAUCGAUCUUUUCAGCUAGUAUUCUAUACAAAUACUAAUAUUUAAAUAAAUGACCCCUGGUUUUACACAAACUCUCAUUCAUUAACUAUGAUUGGGGAAAGAAAAAAAAACGGAACGUACGCGGAAGCGAUUGCGGCCACACUAAACCUCCGUAACACGCAUUGUUCUCAAUCUCAAAUGAGCCAACUUGGCUUUAUAAAUACUUUUUGGUCAUUUGAGAUCGAGAAGAAUAAUUCCUAUCUGAAAUGAAGCGUGUGCGUAUUCUGGUUGGGCACCAUCCAUCAUGAAAUCCAUCGAUAUUUUCCGGUCUUUUCAGCCAGUAUUCCAUAGAAUGAUCUCUUUGAAGAUCUGUCUCGUCUGUCGUGACAACCAACUGCGCAACGGGUCUCGGGUAUUGUAAAUAUUCUCCUCCGGUUCAACGUCUCCCACAAUGUCGAGCGACUCUGUUUGACCGUCAAUAUGGCGCCGGGAAAAUGGCGACGUCACGUGCACGAGCUCUGUUGAUGAUGUCAUUUCUGCUGAGUCACAAAAAUUAAGUUCAGUUCACUGCAAAAAAAAAAAACAGUAAUACUGUACAUACAGUAUUUAAAAAAUAUAUAAAUAAAUAUAUAAAAAUAAAAUAAAUAUAUAUAAAUAUAAAAAAAUAUUCUAGUAAUUAGGUACGAAAGAGAUAUAAACAUUGAUCCGCUUUCUAUAGCGCUUAUCCUUAUUAGGGUUUUGGGGCGUAUCGCAUCCCUUUUACAUUGCGCAAGUGUCCCUAAUUUUGCGACCUGCCGCCACGUAUGUUUUUCUAUUUGCAAAAAGUCUGAACGUCUCGUUCGGAAGGCUCGCGAGGCUCGUUCGGGCCAAAAGUCGACGGCGCGGCGUUGUCGUGCGCUUUCCAGACAGUCCGCGUCGGGUGUGUGUGUCUGUGUG